AUGCCUUCAGAAAUGACUUCGUCGCAGAGCAAUGCCACUACUACAAAGAAAGGAAUCUGCCCAAGCGCACCGCACGGCCCCAAGACCCAUGGAAGUAAAGAACGAGAUAUCAAGUCUAACAUCGAUCUGGACUAUAUUUCACCAAUGUUUGAAUGGCUGCGCCAGAGUGACGAAGAUGAGCCGUGGAGGGGCUUCACGGCCGUUGCCACAGAUCAACAGAGUCGUGCAUACUCAGCUCAGAAUCUUUCUCAGACUUGGAGUACACAAGCAGAGGCUGGGUCACAAGAAGAGUCAUCCACAGAAGAAAUGCGACAACAGAGGAUUUGA